AUGAGGAAGAAAAAAGAGCCUGAAGAUGCCCAGAGAGGGAGGAGGCUGAAAUCGAAGAUUUUCAGUGGCAGUAUUAACUUCUCUUAUCUGAAGCCAGUUCAGGAAGGUCAACAACCUGAGCCUGGAAUCAAAAGAAGCAUGGGGAACAAAUGCUUGUCCCAUGACAGCAUCUUCAUGUUGGAGCCUAAGCCUGAAAGAUCAACAAGUAAAACAUGCCACUCUCCAGAGCCCCAGAGGGGCAGAUCUCUGCAGAGAUCUCAUGUUUUUGGAAGUCUGCCUAGAACUGAUAGUGUGCAUAGAGGUUUUUCUGAAGCUGUGUUUGGAGUUGUGUCUCGAUAUGUGCCCAGAAGUAGAACCUGGAUUGCAGACUCCAAGAUCACUGAGAUCCCACCACUGCGUCUAUGCCAACCUGGCAUCAGCCCAUUUUAUAUAAAAUCUGACACAAUUUCUAAGGACUUCGAAGAAAUUUCUGUUGAUGAUGAUGAGUCACCUAAGACCCCACAAAAGAAGCUUUUACCACAGAAUAUCCUGAUGUUGAAAAAGGUUCGUGUUAGCCCCAUCCUAAGUGGAAGGUUGUGGAGCUCCUUGGAGCCCUCAUCUGGACCUGUUCACUCACAGCCCUAUACCGCAUUUGCCAUGCUGACCUCUCCCAGCAGCACCCAGCUGCCCAUUGGUUUCAGCACCCCAGCAACCACCCAGGGCUAUUUGGAUUCUUCAGGUGCUCCACACAUGAUGGUUUUAAACCCCCAGAAUCAAAAGAAAAACCUUCAAGCAACUAUUUAUGGCCUUGCAUUGUGGUUCAGUGUUUUCCAGGGUGUUUUGGAGAGUUCCCUGCAGCAUAUCACUCAGAGAUCAGAAACUUGAAAUGUAGGUGGACCACUUCCAAUAGAACCAAAGCAGGAGGAGCCAAACCUUACACAGAUUUCUGGACAGAAGAGUAUAAACAAACCAAAAGACGCUGAUGAAAAGAAUACCCAAAAAGACAGUGCAGGUCUCUCAAGUCAGGAACAGAACAACGAAAUUGAGAUUUAUGAUAAGACAACAGAUCAGUCUUCAAACACAGAUGCUGCUGAAAGUCAGGGCUACUUAUGGUCAGCAGCAUGUGGAAGACAACAUGGAAGAAAAGGAUCAAGUGCUUCAGAAAAUAAUGAGUGUGAACCCAGAGAAAGGAGCUCUAAACAAUCCAGUCCAGUGUUUAGCUUCGGUGAUACAGCUGAUUCCACACCUGCUGAUAACACUGCCAGGGAUAGCCCUUUCUGGCACCUGUCCUUGGAAGAACAAGCCAUGGAGGAGCCCAUAGCUCCACAAGCAGCAACUGCUACUCCUCAGAAGUUGCUUUCAGAUAAAAAUGUCAUGGAAAGAAGAAAGGCCAGUUUAGAUUUUGAAGUCAGAGAAGCAUCAUCAUCAUAUCCCAUACCUGAAGACACAAAAGAGUCUAUAGUUAGUGGUCUAUCACCAUGUCAUGAAGAUGGGGCUUCUGGAGCUGAGAAGACAAAAGCCAGAGCUAGUCUUUUACCAGUGGUGGAAAGCCCUCUUACAACCCAAGAAGAUAUCAUGUUCUCAGUGGCAGUGGAGGCUCAGCUGCUUACGGAUCCUUCUCAUAUUGAGUUAGAAGAGGAAGAUGCUUCUAGCUUUGAGUCACAGGGAAGUGUCCCAUUUAAAAUGGAGUCACCUAGAGAUAUCCCAACCAUCUGCAAAGAAAGCCCACCUGGAAAUGUUCUCCAGACCUUUACAGCAAGCAUUUCAGAUAUAGCAAGUGUCUUUUCAGGGGAAAGCAUUUCUGCAGAGAGGCUGUCUCUCAGAAGCCUUUCCCAGUCCUCGAGGGAGACCAAAGCUGAAGAAGUUUUCUCAGAUUCAGAGAGUGCUUCAGAGGAGGGCAGUGGUUCUGAGACUGCUUCCCAGUCUUUGGGAGAGCCUGAAGAUGAAGUGUUGACAGAAUCAAAUAAAAUAGUUAUAAAGUACAAUAGUGAUGAUGAUUGGAGCAGCUCUGAAGAAGAUCUGUCUUCUAGACACUCUUCCCUGGCCUUGGAGAAGCCCGAAGACCAGACCAAAGUUUCCUCUGUUUCAGAGAACACACCAGGGGCGUGGGGUGUUUCUGUGGAGCAGAUUCCUCCCCGACACCUUUCUCAGUCCUUUGUGAGGCCAUUUGUUCAGCAACAAGUCUCCUCAGGUUCAAUGAGUGCUUCUGCAGAAUGGGAGCUGAUGCCUCCCAGGCAUACUUUCCAGCCCUGGUUGAGCCCUAAAUCAAAGCAGCAAGAUUCUGCAGGUCGGGAGAGUGCUGCUCUUGAGUGGGGCAUUUCUAUGGAGCCAUUGCCUCCCAGAAUGACUGCUAAACGCCUGAUGAGGCAUAAAGUUGAGCAACCAAUCUCCUCAGGUCCAGAAAUUACUGCUGUUGAAGGGGCCACUUCUAUGGAGCUACAGCCUCCAAUACAUCAUUCUCAGCUCCUCAUGAAACCAAUAGCUGAGCAAGAAAUCUCUGCAGGUCCAGAGAGCUCUGCAGCUAAGAGGAGCAUUUCUAUGGAACCACCACCUAUGAGACACCCUUUCCAGCCAUGUUUGAGCCCUAAACUCAAGCAAAAAGUUUCCUCAUUUCCAGAGAACACAGCUGUUAAGGAGAGAGAUUCCAUGGUGCCUCUACUUUCUGAAGGUUUUGCCCAGCCCUUGAUUAACCCAAAAGUUGAACAAAAUGUGUUCUCAGGUUCAGAGGGUGCUGAGACAGCCUUUUCAGUGGAGCCACUGCUCCCUCAAUGUUUUCCUCAAUCCGUGACAAAUGUUCAAGCCCAGCAUAGCUUCUCAGAGAACGUUGCUGGUAAUGAGGGCAUUUUUGUGCAGAUGCUGCCUCCAAAAUAUCUUUGCCAGCCCUUGGCAAGGCUUAAAUUCCAGCCACGGUCCGAUACCAGCAAGUCAGCAAGUGCUUCCACAGAAUGGAGUAGUCCUAUGGAGCCAGUGCCUUCUAGACAUACCUUCCAUCCCUGGGAGAGCCUCAGAUUUGAACAACAUGCCUCUUCAGAUCCAGAGAGCACUGCUGUGGAGUGGGGCAUUCCUAUGGAGCCACUGCCACCCAGAAGGCCUUCUCGGCGCCCGAAGAGAUCAGUUGUGAAGCAAGAACUCUUCUCAGGCUCAGUGAGUGCUCCAGCAGAAUGGAGUGGCCCUAUGAAGCCGAUGCCUCCCAGACAUGCCUUUCAGCCCUUGAUGAGCCCUGCAAGUUCAGGGAGAGCUGUGCAACAAGCCUCUGGGCAACAAGCCUCUGCAAGUUCAGGGAGAGCUGUGGCUGAGAAGGGCAGUCCUAUGGAGUGGAUGCCUCCCAGACAUGUCUUCCAGCCUUUGGUGAAUCUUAAAUCUGAGAAGCAAGCCUCUUCAAGUUCAGAGAGAGCUGUAGCUGAAAGGAGCAGUCCUAUGGAGUGGAUGCCUCCCAGACAUGUCUUCCAGCCUUUGGUGAAUCUUAAAUCUGAGAAGCAAGCCUCUUCAAGUUCAGAGAGAGCUGUAGCUGAAAGGAGCAGUCCUAUGGAGUGGAUGCCUCCCAGACAUGUCUUCCAGCCUUUGGUGAAUCUUAAAUCUGAGAAGCAAGCCUCUUCAAGUUCAGAGAGAGCUGUAGCUGAAAGGAGCAGUCCUAUGGAGUGGAUGCCUCCCAGACAUGUCUUCCAGCCUUUGGUGAAUCUUAAAUCUGAGAAGCAAGCCUCUUCAAGUUCAGAGAGAGCUGUAGCUGAAAGGAGCAGUCCUAUGGAGUGGAUGCCUCCCAGACAUGUCUUCCAGCCUUUGGUGAAUCUUAAAUCUGAGAAGCAAGCCUCUUCAAGUUCAGAGAGAGCUGUAGCUGAAAGGAGCAGUCCUAUGGAGUGGAUGCCUCCCAGACAUGUCUUCCAGCCUUUGGUGAAUCUUAAAUCUGAGAAGCAAGCCUCUUCAAGUUCAGAGAGAGCUGUAGCUGAAAGGAGCAGUCCUAUGGAGUGGAUGCCUCCCAGACAUGUCUUCCAGCCUUUGGUGAAUCUUAAAUCUGAGAAGCAAGCCUCUUCAAGUUCAGAGAGAGCUGUAGCUGAAAGGAGCAGUCCUAUGGAGUGGAUGCCUCCCAGACAUGUCUUCCAGCCUUUGGUGAAUCUUAAAUCUGAGAAGCAAGCCUCUUCAAGUUCAGAGAGAGCUGUAGCUGAAAGGAGCAGUCCUAUGGAGUGGAUGCCUCCCAGACAUGUCUUCCAGCCUUUGGUGAAUCUUAAAUCUGAGAAGCAAGCCUCUUCAAGUUCAGAGAGAGCUGUAGCUGAAAGGAGCAGUCCUAUGGAGUGGAUGCCUCCCAGACAUGUCUUCCAGCCUUUGGUGAAUCUUAACCUGAAGAUGAAGUGUUGA